UGACGCUGAGUAACUAUUUUAUAGUAGUCAUUUGGAAAAUAGAAAAAGAAAAUGUCAGUUUACAAAUCAAGAACUAGAAAGUCUAUGAUAGGGUGGAUCCAGUGAAAUAUGGAUACCAGUGGUACAUAUAAGAGGCGUGGCUCGUAUUUUGACGAUGAAGAGCUCGAAUUAACUCCAGAGCAAGAGCGUCGCCGUCGCAUUCGGCGUUAUAUAGCCUUAAUCAUAAAGAUGGUCAUAUUUCUUAUCAUGUGGAUAUUCUUUGUGGUUAAUAUGUGUAUUACGUCAAGAACGGUUGUGCAGGAAAGAGUUGUGGCCUUAGAGCAGAAAUCAAUAAAGUAUUUGGAUGUCACGGGAAAGCUAAAAAACAAUAAAAUAAAGGUUAUGUUGAAUGGAAAUUUCGAUAAGGAGGUCACCAAUUAUCCACGCCUGGCAGCAGAUUCCCAAAAAUAUUUGUCAAUUAGAGUGCGAAUUUUCAAUAUUAAUUUGAACCGGACGGAACAGUUAUCGGAAAAUUGGACCGUCUAUUUGAUGAAAUAUGCGCAGCGACGUUCGCAUUUAGCUAAUGUGCAAAAAUUGUUUAAGUUGACACCCCAAUACCCAGAUACCCCAGAUAUCGCGGCGUUAUCCGCAGGCGACCAAUAUAAAAUUCAGGUGAUAUUAAAGAAUUCCAUCAAUGAUAUAUUUGCACUCAAAAUCAAAACUAAUAUCAGUCCGGUGGAGUUGGUAUACGGCGUAGUCGCAGCAGGUAUAUUGCUUUGCUCUCUGUAUGCAGUUAUCAUCUUGGAUAUUACGGAUCCCACGUUUGCCGCCGUCCUCAUCACAUCGUGCGCGAUAGGAGUGCUGUGUAUCUUUGAUGAACUGCCAUCGAUGAGAAAAAUAUUGUCAUGGAUCGAUAUUCACACGCUGGCGCUGCUUUUUGGCAUGAUGAUAAUAGUGAGCAUUAUAUCGGAGACCGGCGUCUUUGGCUAUAUCGCGGUGCUGGCCUAUCGCCUGUCCAAGGGUCGUGCCUGGCUGCUCGUGGGCCUCCUCUGCCUGAUCAGCGUAAUACUGGCCGGAUUCCUGGAGCUGGUCACCAUACUGAUGAUUAUGGUGCCAGUUGUGAUCCGUCUGUGCGAGUGCAUGAGCCUGCGCACCACCACCGUGCUGAUCUGUGUGGCGAUCUUCUCGAACAUUGGCUGCGCAUUGACGCCCAUUGGGGACCCACCAACUGUCCUCAUUGCGACGAACGCCCAUGUCAUGAGCAAGGGCGUCGACUUCAGCAUGUUUUUCAUUCAUAUGUUCCCGGGCGUGGUGCUGAGCCUUUUCGCUGCUUGGACGUACAUUUACCUGAUACUGCGCAAGAGUCUGACCCAUGGUGCCGAGGAGCAAACGAAUAACUCACUGAGAAUCCUAGCCAAGCGAAUGGGCGAGGGACGAGCUCCACCAAUGAUGUCCAUGCCCCUGGCCAAUCCAAAGUUAAGUUCGAAAAAGUAUUCAGAAACAACAGUUUUUCGAAUCAUGGCUGCCUCUAACUACAUUGAAACGCUCGCUAUGAUGGAGUCCAAGUACAAGGUGCAGGAUAAGCCGUUACUAAUCAAGUGUGCUAUUUGCUUCUUAUUUGCCAUAGUGCUGUGGUUGCUGCACUCGUUGCCCUUCUUUGCGGGCGCCACACUGUCCUGGACCGCUCUGAUGGCCUCGAUGCUGCUGCUGAUACUCUACGAUUCGCAGGACCUUACCGCCGUGUUCAUGCGGAUCGACUGGUCCAUGCUGUUGUUCUUCAGCGCACUGUUCGUGCUCAUUGAGGUCUGCGCGGAGCUGGGCCUGAUCCAUUGGCUGGCUGAGUUAGCGAUCAACAUAAUUGCGAAUGUGGAUCCGCAAUAUCAGGUCGUUACAUCCAUUAUGGUUGUCCUGUGGAUAAGCGCGGCCUUGUCGAUUUUCAUCGAGAACAUUCCAAUUGCCACAAUGCUGCUCAGGCUCACCAUCCAAGUGGCCCUCAGUGAGCGGAUUAAUAUACCCUUGGUCCCAUUGGUAUGGGCUCUCACCUAUGCGAUAUGCUUCGGCGGCAACGGCAGCUUGUAUUCGACUACGGCAAAUGUGGCCGCCUCUAGCAUUGCCAACCAGCAUGGCUAUAAGAUCACCUUUUACGAGUUCUUCAAGUAUGGCUUUCCUAUCAUGAUAAUCACGAACAGCAUUGCUUCGCUUUAUCUGCUCAUCGCCCACGGAAUUUUUCAAUGGCACUAGGCUGAGGUCUAUCUCUGUCUUCGUCCGUCAGAAACUUGCCAUAGCUCAACAUUUCUUCAUAAUUUUCGUUUAGCCAGUAAACUUUUCAAUGACAAAAUGUGGGAAUGUAGGCGUAUAAGCACGAGAUGCGGAAGUGGCCCAAGGAAAGCUCGCUGAUAAAUAAUAUUAUAAUUGGAUGUUUAUUAAUACAUAGUUAACGAAUUUGAGCAGCCGUGACGUUCAGCAACUCAUAUAUGCAUCUAUUGGACAUUGACGCCUUGUCCCUUACCCUCGUUCAGGCGCGUGGGCAGCAAGCGGAAGCUGUCAUCAAUGGGUCUGAGGCCAGUGGCCAUGAGAACUUGUGCUCCUAUUCAUGUCAAAUGGUUGUCUCUCAAGCAACGUGAAUUGUGUUGCAUAUCUCGAUCGAUGGACAAUACCUCUCAAAAACAGACGGACAGGCGGACGAACGGGCGCUUUACAAAAUCGAUAAUUUAUAAAUAUAAAUAGUAUAAAUAAAAAGCUGGCGUUAUAAAGUGCGAAGGCUUAUAAAAUCCAUGCGUCUUGUGUAUAUGGCAAAUAGAA